CCGCUCUGACUGACCCCUUCAAUUUCCGCCGCUGUCCGAAACCGUUGCGAAGGCCGUUAGCUGAGCGCUCCCGGAGCUUACUGACUGACAAUGUCUGACGAAAAAGAUUCCCUGCGGGGAGGCAUAGAGGAGGGAGAGGAGCGGGUGGUGAACAUCACCAGUAGUGCGUACUCCGUGAAGCAGGCGGAGGAGGAGGCAGAUCCCAUGAAGGUGGAAGUGGCGGUGGGGGCUGAUGGCUGCUCUGAAGGCUGUUCUGACGACCUCAGCUGUGGAGAGGCCGACAUAGAUCCAAAUCUCCUGGGGCUUGAGGCUGACGAGGAGAAGUGCCGGAGUAUCCGCAAGCAGUACCGGCAGCUCAUCUACAACGUCCAACAGAACCGUGAAGACAUAGUGAACACAGCGAGCGACUCGUUGAGCGAGGCUCUUGAAGAAGCCAAUGUCCUGUUUGAUGAAGUGAGCCGAACAAGAGAAGCGGCUCUCGAUGCCCAGUUUCUUGUUCUGGCUUCUGAUUUGGGUAAAGAAAAAGCCAAGCAGCUGAACUGUGAUAUGCGCUUUUUUAAUCAAGUAGCAUUUUGUGACUUUCUCUGUAUAUUUGUGGGACUAAACUUGAUGGAAGAUAAUGGACGUAAUGCGUUGAGUGGUUGUGAUGAUAAUAUAGCUCUUUCCUUCUGGGAGACAAUACAGAAGGAAGCAACAUCCUGGAUAUUGCAAGCUGGAACAUUCCACUUUAUUUUUGGUUCAUUCAAAUCAGAGUCUUCUGCCCGAAAGCCCCGACGUGAGCACCAGAAAAAAACUCACAGAAUGGAAGAUAAUAGGGAUAUGCCUGUAAAACUGAGGAAGUUGGACUUGAGUAAUAAUCAAGAAGCGACAGAAAAAGAAGUAGAAAGAAUCCUGGGAUUGUUGCAAACGUACUUUCGAAAGUAUCCUGAUACUCCUGUGUCCUAUUUUGAGUUUGUGAUUGAUCCAAAUUCUUUUUCUCGUACCGUGGAGAAUAUAUUUUAUGUUUCUUUCAUUAUAAGGGAUGGUUUCGCAAGAAUAAGGCUUGACCAAGACAGGCUGCCAAUAUUAGAGCCAAUUAAUAUUAACCAAGUGAGUGAGGGAAAUGAUCCCAGUUCCUAUGGCAGGAAACAAGGGGUUAUAUCUUUGAGUUUACAGGACUGGAGAAAUAUUGUGGCGACUUUUGAAAUUUCAGAGGCUAUGAUCACAAAUUCAUACUAAAUAUUUUUGUUCCUAGUAUAGGAUGCAUUUUGUGGCUUUUCUAAAAGUGUGUCAAAAUGCAGAGUUAAAUCCAAACAAAAGCACAUAUUGUUACCUCUUGUAAAGUGAAAAAGUAUUUUCAAGAACAUCAAAUUGUUUACUGUGCAGUGUGAUUUUCUUGGUAGUUUAUAAGAUAGUCAAGACCUUCUGUUAUUAAAAAAAAUUUACUGGCAUGUUCAUGGGAAAAUUUUUUGAAUGUCCUUUGAGACUAUUAAUAAAAAUCAUUUCUGAAUUUCGUAAGUUAAAAGGUAUUUGAUAAUUUGCAAAAAAAAAAAAAUUUAGUUAUGAUGCCCUGUGAUACUGUGUUCCUCUGUUACAGGGAACCAAGGGAGUCCCAUAUGGGGCUCCUAACCAGGUUGGGGAAAGAGUGGGUGAAAAAAAUGGUAAAAAACAUCCAUAGGGCAGUGAAUAUGCAACAUUAAUACUAUAAAAAAAAAAUUAAGAUGCCUUGCUUCAUUGCAGAGAGGGCUCAGGUCAAUGAGUGGGUAUCCAUAUUCUAAAAAAUUUCUCCUGUGAUUAAACUCAACAAAAGUCGAGUUAUCUCUACUCUAGUAGACAAAGCAUCAACUAAGUGCUGAAAAGUCAUUAGGAACUGGUCAAAUACAGGAAUGGUAUUCUAGGCAGGGGAUAUGGAGGCCAAAUAUAUGGGAUUGUGAGAAAUUAUGGCACCAGAGAACCAUAAAAGGUUUUGAAAACUAUUCCAUUUGAAUGUUAAGCGGGGCAAAAAUUGAAUUACUUUGUCUGUCAUUCUCCUCAGAGAUAGAAGAUAUUUUUGUCAGAUUACUUCAAACA